AUGAUGACCGUACGGAAUGCGUUGGGUAAGGAUGAAACAAGAGGUAAAUAUGGAGCCGGUACAAACAAUACAGGUUCUGGGGACGGAUGGGUGACAGUAACAAACAAGAAAGCGAGGCCGAAAUACCGAUACGCAGGACAGAUGGGUAGGUCAACCGAGGCCGAAAGCAAAUUCAAGGCAGCUGAAACAAAAAUACCCAUCUUCAUUACCAAUGUUCACACUGAUACAUUGGAAUCUGACAUAGUGGAGUACAUAUUUCGAAAAACGAAUGAAACAGUUGUCUUGCAAAAGUUGAACAUUAAAAGGGGCAAGGAACACCAUAAUGCGUUCAAAUUUUUUAUCGCGAAGCAUAAACUACCCGUAUUUUUGGAUGCCCAGAUAUGGCCACCGGGCGUUAUAUUUAGAAGGUUUGCACACUACAAACCUAUGAUAAAAACAACAAAAACAUUAACGAGUACGGCCCUGGGGCAAGAUGAUAGUGAAUAG